UUUUUGCACACAUUGAGUGUGUCACUCGGAGGUAUUUUGGCGAAAAGCAGUGGGAAAUUGGUGGAAAAGCCCACCGGUGUGUACUGCAGGCGCUCCGCCGCGAUCCCGCGCACCCUUAUCAGCCACUCUCCGCAGCUCCCAGUGCGAAUUUGGUGGUGAAAAGCGCGAUUGUUUGAGAGGGCGUCUCGCUGUCAUUGUCACUAUAUAUAGGUAUAGAUAGAAUUUUCUCACGGGCUUUUUGGUUCUUUGGCGGCCCCAGUGCGCCCCCGUGGGGCCACUUCCGGUGCAGCUACACACUCUAACCGCGGCCCGUGGUGGUGACAGUGGCACUUGGGCGGCAGGAUGAGUUCCAAUCACUCAAAAUCGAAGGAGAAGGAGCGCAAGAACGACUUGGACCCAAUCAAUCGUCUCGGAGAUGCUCAAUCAAUUUUCGAUUGGUGGUCAAUGGCCCAGCUGGCCGCUCAGGAGUACUUCACGCGCCUCCACACGACGCCCAAUCUCGGCGGCCAGAUGCCCUUCGGACGCGCCGACAUCGCCGCGAUGCUCAAUCCGGCCGCGAUGGGACUCACGGGAGAUCUCAACGACCCACAGAAGAUGGCCAUGGCCGAGGCGCACAGGCUUGGUGACAUCUCCGCCCUCCUGGCCAAGAGCUACGGCAUGAGCGUCCCGACGACCAGCGACAGGAACGACGCGGUCAACACCACAGCGCCCUCGACGUCGUACGAGGAGAUCAAUCGCAAGUCCAACGAAUCUCAACCGAUCAUUACGAAUUCAUCACAGCUGGGUUAUCAUCCAGGCAACUUUGAUCUCGCAUCAUUGGCAUCUAAAUCUCGUCUCUUCAAGGGUUAUAUGCAGGAAAUGACAGGAUCUACGCAAUCCGAUGAGAGCGAUUCCUCGUCCUUGUUGGGCGUGCGUUUGCCCCCAGACACUGAGAUAAUAAAGUACACGUCUUCGAAGGGGGGACCCAAAGUGCCAGGUACAACAAAACGUGGCCGUAAGAAGACCAUUUCACUUGAUCCAAAUCCCUUAAUAGGUGGUGUCGAUGAUCAAGAAAGCCCCACAGGGCUUGCUUUCGAUGCGGCUAAACGUCCACGCUUGGACUAUGAUUACAACAAAUUCACCAAGCAAAAUGAUCAAGUGGAGGUGAUUAAGUUGCCACCAACGGUGACACAGACAAUGCAGUCGAAAGCACUGAAAGAUGACCUUCCAAUGUAUCAAACUGAGCCACUCAAUCUUGAGGAUAAGCAUCACAAUAUGGACUCUGAUCCUGACGGUCCUCUCAAUUUGUGCACAAAACCAGAGUCAAAGUCACAAAUGUCCAAGACUGAUAGUGGAACGAGUCUUCAGAAUCUCUCGUCCUUCACGGCUGCUUUCGGGUCAAGUCAGCAGUUUGAAGGAUCACUCCAGACGAAGGAGAAUCGCCCGAGGAAUUUGGGUCGCGGCGUGUCGAAGCCCAAGAAGAACACCGUGGCUUCGCUGCUGGCGCAGAGUCGAGCCGUUGGCUUGAAGCCGUCGAUAAGUAGUCAGCACUUGUUGGGUCAGGGCGGCGAGUGUGUUCGCCCGCCUUCGGUGCCGCACCAGGCGAGGAGUCAGGAUGGGCAGAUGGACGUGUCCACGGACUCCGAGAGCGUGGUGACGGACUACGGUGGCCAGUCGGAGUCUGAGACGGAGGAGACGAUCAACCUGGAGGAGUUGCUGGUGCCGUUGAAUCAGGGCUGGAGGCGCGAGACGGUGAUUAGAGGCCUGACAAAGACUGGCCAGAUCAUUGGCGAUGUGAUCUAUAUGCCGCCCAAGAGUCAGCUGAAGCUCAAGACAAUGGAGGAUGUGGAGAUUGUGAUUGAGAAGCAGUAUCCAGUGCUGUCCAAGGACAACUUUAGCUUCUCAACGCGCGCCAUUCUGGGGACAUUCCUCCAGGCACCGCUCACAUCGACGCCCGUCACGCGCGAGGAGGAUCUCAUCAGGAUGACGGAUGUGGACGUGAUGAAGCGUCUCGAGGAGCUCAAGAUGUACACGCGUCACACACAAUUGGGCGUGGAGCAGAGGAUUGAGAUUGCGCGACAGCAGCAGGCACUCCGGGAUGUCAAGAAGAUCGUUAAGGAGGAGAAUGCCAAGCGAGAGAAGGCACGUCAGCUGAAGGAACAUGAGAAACAAGAUAAAUCGGAGACACAGCGUCAAGAGCGCCAAAUACGCAAUCAGCAGGGCACGGAGAUGGCGAGGAGGAAGCGCGAGGAAAGUGAUCGACAGAAGAAUGAGGAGAUGCUGCGCAAGAUGCAGGAGAAGGAGCUAAAGAAGCAGAAGGCGUCCGAGAGGGAAUUAGAAAAGGAGCGGAGGAGACAUCACAGUGGAUUGGUGAAGUUGCUCGAGAUCCGACGCAAGUACGAGGAGAGGGAGAGGAAGAAACAUCAGAUGGUGUUGGAUAAGUUUAUCAUGCGAGAGAAGAAACUGGCGGCCAAGAAGAGGGAUUCGGAGAUUCUGGGAGAGCUGAGGAAGCCCCAAGAGGACUCUGAGAUUGCUGGCGGUCAGGAGUUGCCGAAAUUCGCGAGGAUUCCCAAUUUAUCGGUGUCUGGCGAGGCAUUUGCUGAUCUUCUGAUGGUGUAUGAGUUCUUGCACAACUUUGGAGAGACACUGGGCUUCGAUAUGGAAUCCCUGCCAACGCUCCAGUCGCUACACUUUGCUCUGGUAUCGGACAAUGGCGGUGAGGCGGAGGAGGAGCUUCUGUCUGUGAUCACACACUUGCUCGUGUGUGCCAUCGAGGAUCCUGGAAUUCCCAAUCCUGGACGUCAUACAACACUUCUUGGCCAGUCGCUGCGUCAAGCGGACAUCACGAAUGCCAAUGUGUCGGAGAUUCUGAGGAUUUACCUCUAUGCCGCCGCCACGGGUGAAGUGAAGCAACUGACGGGGGUGAAUUUCGAGCGGGAUCGCGAGAAGAGAAUCGCUGAUCAUCACCAAACCACGUCGGAUAUGGCCAUCACGAGCACCACAGGGAAGAAUAUUCAGUAUUAUGAGCAUCUGCAUGAGAACAGCACGUGGAAGUUGUCUGAGUGCUUGAGGGAGAAGCCAUUUGUGGCGCUGAGUCCCGUGACAAAGGCCCAAAUCCUCGCCCAUCUGUGUAAUGAUCUGCUGAUGAACAAGGCGGUGUUGAAGCAGAUUGACGGUAGUCUGGAGACGGCGUCCGCGAUGCGUCGUGAUCGGUAUUUGAUUGACAUCAAGUUGAGAAAGUACAAGAGUCUGCAUGCCAGGAAGGUGAGGUUGAAUAUGAUCACGGCCAUGCUGAAUCGGGAGGCGUCUGUGGAGCCAGUAGUGGAGGAUCAGCAGCCACAGAAGCAGCCUGAAAAUGCUGUGGAGGAACAGGCGUCCCCUGAAGAGGCGGAAUUUGAGAAACCCCCACCGGCUGCUGAGGCGAUGGAGGCAAAGGAGGACUCAGCGCACAGCAGUGAUGCCACGAAGUUUGCCCAGGAAGAGGGUCAGCAGGAGAAGAAGAAUGGCCCAGAGGAGGAGAAGGUGAAGCAGCAUGAAUUUAAUGACACAGACACAGAUUGCAACACUUCCAUAAAUUUCUCCGGAAAGAUCAGGGAAUUGAAUGAGACUGAUCACUGUUUGGAUGACGACAUUAGUGAUCUGGAGGAGGAAUUGCCACUGGAAGAGGAUGAGGAUGAGAAGCUGAACGUGGAUGAAGUUCAGAAGAAGCUUGAGAAGGUCAUAAAGUCUUCGCAAGUGACGCGUGAGACGUUGAAGACGAAUCUGAGGCGCUUGAGGGCCACUUGCUAUGGUCAGGAUAGAUUCUGGAGAAGAUACUGGGAUCUGCCCAAGUCUGGGGGAAUUUUCAUUGAGGGCAUGGAGUCUUGCCAGCCGGAGAUUAUGAAGUAUCAUGAGUUUCUGGAGGGAUCGACAAACAGGACGUCUGAUGGUGAUGAAGAGGAGGAGAUGGACGAUGAGGAUGAGGAGAAAAGUCAUGAGGAGGAGGAGGAGGAGGAGGAGGAAGAGGAAGAGGAGGAUGAAGAUGAGAAGCCCGAGGUGAAGUCUGAGAAAGGGGACUGCAUCAAGAGGGAACCCCUUGUGAAUCCAGCGGCCAAUAAUGAUGAUGAGAUGAUGGAUAUUGAGGACUCGAUUCCAACGAACGCCAUUCUACAGAAGAAUGUGGAGAAAUUGGGCGAAGAUGACGUGAAGUCUGCUCCUGUAUUGACUCCGGUGGUAUCACCGGUAGAGGAUAAGCAGGAGGAAGUGAAAGUGGAGGUUAAAGAGGAGACAGCUGAGGAGCCUCCGCCGUGCAAGGAGUUCAAGGAUGAUAAGAUGUUCAUCGCUUGCGACUGUGACGCGAAAGCUCACAAGGAGGAAUCGUGUACGGAGACAAAUGGAUGCAUGAAGAAUGGCGAUGUACCGCUGUUGGAGAAGUGGUUCUCUAUUCUGAAGAAACCAUUGCCAUUGGAGUCUGAGUGUUCUAUUUCGUUGCAAGCCCACCUGGCCUACAUGAACGUGUCGUGCGAGGGUAUUGUGCAGUGCCAGGGAAAUCCCUGGGACAUCAGUAAUAACAUCCACUUCUACAACAUCCACACGGACUCCUCGAUCUUAGCAGAUCUCAAUUUCACCAAUGAAUCCGUCCUCACGUUCUCUGGGAUCAGUGAUCGUGAGAUUGAACGCACACUCAAUCGAUGCACGGAUGAUCUGGCGGAUGAUCUUGACUGUGAGAUUCUGGAGAGGAAGCAGGGCUUGGGUAAGUGUGAGGAUCUCAAUGGCUUCCAUUCGCAAGUCACAAACUUUUCGCUGGCCAAUUUGAGUGCAUACAUCCAGUGCGACAGCCCAACGCCGCUGCAGAUGAGCCUGGAAGAGCAGAAGCAAUUGGAGGAGGUGAAGGAGGUGGGCUUUCCGCGCAAGUUGGAGCAGAAUUUUGUACCACGUGAGCUUCGUCAUGGCUGGUGGAGGAUCACAGAUGAGGCUCAGAUUGAUGAGAUCCUAGAAGUGAUGCACGUGCGUGGCGUGCGCGAGAUGGAACUGCGACAGAAUCUGAUGCAGUGCCUCAGGGAGAAGCCCAACUACGUCUCUGAAUGCCAACUUACCACGGACAUCGAGGUCGAGGGGGAGUUUGUGGAUCCCGCCACGGUGCCUGCGUACAAUCCACACGUGUGCGAGCGCGUGAUCAGGGCGCUGCUGGAUCAGGUGGAGGGACUGGAGGACAAGGUGGCCAGUGCAUCGAUGCAGAUCAAAGGGUGGAUGCUGCCGACGAAGACUGACGACAUGGAGGAUUUUGAGCAGUCAAUUGGGCAUCUCAAGGAGAGAAUCUUGGGUCUCGAGUCGGCCAUUGAGAGGCGAUAUCUGAAGCCACCGCUCGGGAAUUGCACAGCGGACGCGCAUCUGGCGGCGCUGGCUCAAACAGGACAAGAGACAACGACAAGUCAGACACAGAACUCCUCCAAUCCUUCAGCGUCGCCGAAGGAUAAUCAAGAGAUGGAGACUUUGUCGAAAGGAUUAGUUUCGUGGCGUGAAGCCGUUUGCCGCUCAAAGACGACAGCUCAAUUGGCAAUGACGUUGUACGUCCUGGAGUCGUGCGUCGCAUGGGACAAGAGCAUAAUGAAGGCGAAUUGCCAAUUUUGCCACUCUGGCGAAAAUGAGGACAAGCUGCUACUGUGCGACGGCUGUGACAAGGGAUUUCACACGUACUGCUUCAAGCCGCGCAUGGAAAAGAUUCCGGAGGGCGACUGGUAUUGCUACGAGUGCGUGAACAAGGCGACUGGCGAGAGGAAGUGCAUCGUGUGCGGCGGACUGAGGCCGGCGCCGGUUGGGAAGAUGAUCUACUGCGAGCUCUGUCCGCGCGCCUAUCACCAUGACUGCUAUAUUCCGCCACUGAUGAAGGUGCCGCGGAACAAGUGGUACUGCCAUGGGUGCAUCGCGAAGGCGCCGCCGUCGAAGAAGCGCGUGCGGAAGAACAAGUCCUUCAACAGCAGCCAGGGGAAUUCUUCCAUGGAGGAGUCCUCGUCGAAGACCUCCUCGUCGUCCUCCUCGAGUGGCAGCAUUGGCCGGACGGCGUCCACGGACGACGCUAGCCAGCUCACACAGUCUUCGUCAUCGGCCAAUAAGGCGACGUCUUAUGGGGGAAACACGUCCACGGUGGACACUUCGGCGUCCGUCAGCGACGCCUGCGAGUCCAGCCUGGACGAGAACUUCGUGAUGCCAACCACAUCGGCGUCCAAUGUCCAGGAAGUGCGAGAGAAGCCCAAGGAGGAGAAGAAGGAGAAGGUGUCCAAGAAACUGAUCAAAGAUAUGGGUCUUUGCAAGACGAUCCUCGACGAAAUGGAGCUCCAUGAGGACGCUUGGCCUUUCUUGUUGCCGGUCAACACGAAGCAAUUUCCAACGUACAAGAAAAUCAUCAAAUAUCCCAUUGAUUUGUCGACAAUCAAGAAGAAAGUUCAGGACAUGGCGUACAAAUGUCGAGAUGAGUUUGUGACUGAUGUGCGGCAGAUCUUCAAUAAUUGCGAAGUGUUCAACGAGGACGACUCGCCAGUGGGCAAGGCCGGUCACGGCAUGCGAAAAUUCUUUGAGUUUCGAUGGAAGGAGUUGAUUGAUAAGAAUGUAUGAUGGCGCAAUAUUUCGCACUCCAUGUGAGUAACUUAAUGAUAUUUUUUUUAUUUAUAUAUACUUAAAAGAAGCGUCGCGAUUUUUUUUAUUAAGUGAGGAAACCAUGAAUUCUUUUUGAUAGUAUUUUUUUGGAUAAUUUAAUUGAGAUGUGAAAUGGAAUAUCAAUGUAUUUUUGAUAGAGAAAUCAUCUUCCGUACAUGCAUUUUGAAGGCAAUUAUUUAUUUUUGUCCAUACGAUUGAGAAUGUUAAUUUUUAAUCAAACCAUAAAAUCACGUGAAUCAUCGACAAAAUGAUUGACAAAUUAGUAUUGAAAGUACUUAAUUGAGGAUGAGUGUGGGUUGAAUUCGUUGAAGUUGAAGAGUUUCAAUUGUCCAGACUCAUUAAGGCAACUUUCGGCCUGUUUUCUCUGAAUAAUUCAGACACAAGACAAACUAUUGGAGGAGUCCUCGAAAUGGUGAGAGACAGCUAAAUUAAAUCCCUAGAAAUGGGAAAAUGGACAAAAAGACAUGAAUAUUGUAGAGAAAAACAUUGAAAGUAAAUGAAAAACAAUUCAAAUAUUCAAUUACUUUCUUUCUCAAAAGAAGAAAUCGAUAUUUUCGGUGUAUCAGUGUUGUGUCUUGUUUGUUAUUUGGAGGAAAGGAAAAAAAAACCAAUUUUAUGAACAUUAAGAAGACAGAAUAAAGGAUAAAACUUCAGUAUAUAGACUAGUGAAUGACAGAAAAUUGCCACCAGGAAACAGGAUAUUCUCAUGUAAAGUAGUUUUUAUUAAAUUAUUUAGUGAACGGAAAUGUGGGAGAACAGAAAAAGCUGAAAGAGUAGAAAAUUUCUUCAUUGAAUUUCCUUUGAUACAUAAAUUGAAUUAAUGUUUAAGAAGAAAAUUCUCGUAGGAGGAAUAUAAAAUGAGAUUUAGAACAAGAAGGAAUACAUAUAAAACAAUUAGAAUUACGAGUCUUCUUUUGAGACUCUGAGCUAAUUUAACUGACAAGCGAAGUGAGGAGAGAGAGAGAGAGUUAAUUAUGUAAUAAAGAUUGAAAAUUUCAGA